UGAUGCCGCGGGGCGCGCGCGGGCCUUAGCUAUGGCGGCGGCGGUGGCGACGACGACGACGAGGGUUCGGGGGACGUGGAAGGCGCUGACCGCCUUGGGAAGGACCGGCCCCUUCUUCGGCCGGGGCGGCGAGCGACCCAACGCCCAGGGCGCCAGUGCCGUGUGUGCUGCGGCCAGGUGGUUUUCGGAAGAGACCACGUUAAGUCACCGUCCAAAGCAGCCCUUGUCGGCCUACCUUCGUUUUGUCGUCCAACGGCAAUCUAUGUAUAAACAACAGAACCCUGAAAUAAAAAUGACAGAAGUAAUUAAAAAAAUCGCUCAGGCUUGGAGGGAACUUCCUGCAGCAGAGAAAAAAGUGUAUGAAGAAGCUGCAAAUGAAGAUUGGAUGGCAUACAAAGAGGAGUUAGCCAAGUUUAAAGCAACGUCAGUUCCACUUCAGAAAGUACCUUUGAAAACACAUUCAAAAGAGCUAAAAAGUAAAUCUGAAAGAAAAAAAGAAUUGAGACGGCUUGGAAGGCCUAAGAGACCCCAUUCUGCAUAUAACAUCUUUGUAGUAGAACGCCUUCAGGAAACUGCGGGAAAUUUGUUGAAGGACAAGAUAAAGAUUUUGUCUGAAGCCUGGAAUAAUCUGCCUAGUUCUCAGAAGCAGGCGUAUAUUCAACUUGCUGAAGAUGAUAAAAUUCGCUACGAAAAUGAAAUGAGGUCAUGGGAAAGUCAGAUGGUUGAUGUCGGACGGGAAGAUCUCCUACGUUCCAAAAGUAGAAGGCGCAAAACUGAGUCUGAAAACCAAGGAGGUGCUCAAAGCGGUGUUGGAAAGGAGAUCUAAUCUCGUUCUUUUCAUUAUAAACACUCAAAGAACUAAUCAAGUUUCAAGACAAGGAGCUGUGGCAGAAGUCCAAAUGAAAGUGUGUAAAUAUCUCAUCAGUCUUUUGUUGGUAUCUUGGAUCGUUCUGCCACUGUGUUACUGUGUUUUGCAGUUAACACUUAGCUGUGAAUAAUACCAUCUGGAGCGAGGUCAUGCAAAUUUAGGAAGAGAUCUUUAUGGUAUAGGAUUUUUUUGUAUCAUCGGAAUUAUUUCCUAUCCAAGUAAUCUCUAUUGGUAGUGUUGACUCUCCCUUUAUGAAAAAGUAAAAUUGAACUGUGAAUUUUUUUUUCCUGCAUGAUGUUCAGAAGAAGCAUCCUUGAUGCCUAAUUAAGGAAGUAGGCAUCUUUGCUUUUCUAAAAUGUUUGAAUCGUAAUAGACACAGUGAGAUCAGUGAAUAUUUAAAUUGGAGAAAGGUAGAACCAAUCUUCAGGUUUAAAUACUUUAAAAAGUAUCCAGUGAUGACGGUGUGACAUUAAUUACUGACUUCAGCUACUGAAAUGUUUAACGGGUUGUCAACAGGAUUGCAGUCAAACUCCACUAUGAGAAGCCAAGUCUCAAGUGUCCUUCUAUGGAGUCUGAAAGUGAUCCUCUUUGUCUUUCCCCCCGCCCCCUUUUUUUUUUUCCUUCAUGGAUCUGGGCAGGAAUAUCCAAUGUCCCCACCUGCCCCUUUUUUUGUAAAAUAAAAACAAACCAAAUUAUGUAUCAAACCUAUGCAUACUGUUUUUACACUGCAUAGAAUAAAAUAUUUUAAUGAAUGUG